AGUGCUUUAGUCAACGCUGCAUGUCCUCUGUGACUAUAGAAAUUCGUUGCACCACCAAACAUCGCAAUUUUUCAUCUUGAACAAUUAAAACGUGUAUCUAUGAUAUAGUGUUAUUCAAAUGUGUUUUCAGUUAGGACACCAGAAUUUUUAAGUUAAGAUUUUUAUUUAUUUAUUUAUUUAUUUAUUUAUUUAUUCUAGAAUUGUUCAAGUUAGGAUGUUUCCUAUUCUGUAUCUAGGAUAAUAACAAUGCACUUAGGAGAUGUUUUUCUGUAAUGGAUCUUGCCUUAAAAGAUUUCUUUGUAAUACGCCUCCACAGUACAUGUCACUAAAAGGGGAUUUACAGAAAGGGUCUGCUGUUAACGUCAGCCGUGCAUAUUUCAUAUUCCCAGAAGAGGCUGCUGCCACGUUAAGUUAGUUGGUGUAGUCAGACUAUGAAGCGUAACUUCUGUGGAUCCACGCCUACCUCAGAGUGCACAAAAGUGUCGAAUAAAUGUCCAAAGAAAAUGGAUCAGAACACAAGAAUGGAUCAGUCAGAGAGCAGUCGAGUUGCUUCGAGAAACUUUGAAACCAGCUCAGACGCAUGUUCAGGUCAGCAGGCAGCUAUUCCUCUGCCUAUGGUUGAGGAGAUCUUUAUGAACCUGCCUGCACAUCAGGUGGUCCAGGUCUGUCGGUUGGUGUGUCAUGAAUGGAAGGAGCUGGUGGACAGUGCUGCGCACUGGAGAAAACGCUGCAAGAGAAAGGAGAUCCAGCCGUAUGAUGCUUCCAGAGUCCCAGAGGACUGGCGCCUGUUUUACUUUCAGUCUAAAUAUAGAAGAAACCUGCUCAAGAAUCCCAAAGCUGAUGAUGGACUUCAAGAAUGGGAGUUUGAACAUAACUGUCACGAAUCUGGUCGGUGUCCCGCUGUCCACUCACCGCCAGAUGUCACUCUCGCCCUGUCACACACAGACUGUUGCACCACACCCCGGACUACAUUCCCCAUCAGCCAUUGCACUUCACCCGCGACCAAUCAGCGGCGCUAUAAAAGCCCCGGUCUUUUCACUUGCAAACCAUGGAUUGUUGAAUUGUUGAAUUGUUGUAUUCCUAGUUCCUGUUCCAAGUUCCUAGUUCCUGGUUUUUGAUCUCUCGCCUGGUUAUCUCGUUAUCGUCUGUCUAGCCGCCUGCCUUUUCGGACUAUCGCUCGUUUUCCUGGACUAUUCUCUCGUCUCGCCUCCUACAUUUCUGUUUACUGUUGUUUGACCCUGCCUGCACGACUAUGUCUUUGUCUCGUAUUAUCAAUAAAAGCUUGCAUGUGGAUCCGCUCGCCUCACGUCACUCAUUCCGCGUAACAGAACAAUCCGUCACCACAGGAUCCAGCAGCUUCACCCCCGGACACAGAUAGAACUCUAUGCAGAAUCAAACAGAAAUCCCACACCCUCGAACAGUAUGCCCGUGAGUUUAUUUCGAUUUCCAACUACUCCACCCUCCCGGACUGUAUUAAAAUUGAUGGUAUUCUGUGACGGUGUGAAUGAGCUGUUAAGAGCAAGGCUUAGACGCGAGGGUCCACGCUCUUCGCUCGAGGCUUACAUGAACUUUGUGUUGUCGUGUGUGGGUUCACCGUGCACCGUGGGGGUCGC